UCUUUUUUUUAAAUGCAGUGUUUACUUUUUUACUUUUGUGCUUUAGUCAAAGAAAAAAGGUCUGAGUGCAGAGGAGAAGAGAGCCCGCAUGAUGGAAAUAUUUUUUGAGACGAAAGAUGUGUUCCAACUAAAAGACAUGGAGAAGAUUGCUCCCAAAGAGAAAGGCAUUACUGCUAUGUCAGUGAAAGAAGUCCUUCAAAGCUUAGUUGAUGAUGGUAUGGUUGACUGUGAGAGGAUUGGAACAUCUAAUUAUUACUGGGCUUUUCCAAGUAAAGCUCUUCAUGCAAGGAAACGCAAGUUGGAGGUUCUGGAAUCUCAGUUAUCUGAGGGAAACCAAAAGCACACAAAUCUACAGAAGAGCAUUGAGAAAGCUAAAAUUGGCCGACACGAAACGGAAGAGCGAACCAUGCUAGCAAAAGAACUUUCUUCACUUCGAGACCAAAGGGAACAGCUAAAGGCAGAAGUAGAAAAGUACAAAGAAUGUGACCCACAAGUUGUGGAAGAAAUACGUCAAGCAAAUAAAGUAGCCAAAGAAGCUGCUAACAGAUGGACUGAUAAUAUAUUUGCAAUAAAAUCUUGGGCCAAAAGAAAAUUUGGGUUCGAAGAAAAUAAAAUUGAUAAAAACUUUGGAAUUCCAGAAGACUUUGACUACAUAGACUAAAAUGUUCAAUGUUGGUAAAGGAUCUGUGUACUUGUGAAUAUGUAAUUUUUCAAUUUAUUAUCCAACUAAGUGUACUGAAUUGCCAUUUACCUGUAAUUGUGUUUAUCAUUUUAUUAAUUUUAAAUAAAGUAUAAAGUGGAG